AAAACAACCGAAUGCAGUUCACAUUCAGAUCAACAAGUUUUCCCCCAGCUACACAUAUGAAAUAAAUGACUAGCUUUUUUUUUUUCAAAUUCCAUCUGAACUUUCCGCUCGAUUCCUCUGGGAUCCAACAGCCUAAUGGCUCUGUCUCAGCUCCAGUGUCUGGAUGACAACCACAUCAACUUGCGCACCAAUGAGUCCAAGCCGGAGUUCUUCUACAGCGAGGAGCAGAGGCUUGCGCUGGAAACGCUUCUGGAAGCGGGACGGAAGGGUUUUGAGGAAUUCCUAAAAACCAGCAGCAUCCGCAGCUUCUUAUCUGACCUGGAGGUGGCCCGGCUGACCGGAUCAGUAGAAGCGUACAGGCCGGGGUCGCCUGAUGCCUCUGUGCACGCUGACGGAGACCCCGAUGAAGCGCACUGCUCCCUGCAAUACUGGCCGGACCGCUCCGACACCUCACUGCCUCAACUGGACAUGGGCUGGCCGGACUGCGCGGCCUACCGCGGGGUGACCCGCGCACACGUGUACGCGCAGCCGCCUUUGGAGGGUGACGCGCACAUUAAAGAGGUUGUGAGAAAGACAAUUGCCCAGGCGCAGAGGGUCAUUGCUAUUGUUAUGGACAUGUUUACAGAUGUGGACAUCUUUAAAGAUCUCCUGGAUGCAAGCUUUAAGCGUAAGGUGGCUGUUUACAUCUUACUGGAGGCUCCUGGGGUCCCACACUUCCUGAAAAUGUGUGAGAGAGCAGCUAUGCACACUGGACACCUCAAGAACUUGAGAGUGCGCAGCAUCAGAGGAACUGAGUUUUUCACUCGCUCAUCGAAGAAAGUAUGUGGCAGCCAAAGUCAAAAGUUCAUGUUUGUUGAUGGAGACAAAGCAGUGUCAGGGUCGUACAGUUUCACAUGGACUUCCUCCAGACUGGACAGAAACAUCAUUACCGUGCUUACCGGUCAAGCUGUGGACACGUUUGAUAAGUUAUUUCGGGACCUAUAUGUGACGUCUAAUGGUGUGAACCUGAACAAGAUUAAUCUGGACGACGAGCCCAAGCCAGAACCUGCUCCUCAGACAGUACCCGCUCCAGUGCCCUCAGCCGCUAUGGCCCUCAAACUCAUCAACCCAAAAUACGCUCUGGUCUCCAGUAGUGCUACUGCCAAAAGCAACCGCACACCUUCUGAGAGGUGCAUGCGCAAGGUCGCCAGUGAUAAACAAAUGAAAGAGGUGCCAGAGGCUCCACAAAUUCACCCUGGACUCCUCCACCUAGAAAAAGCCAACAUGAUUGAAUACCUGCCUAUUUGGCCUGAGCCUGACCCGCCGAGUGAUGUGAUUGGGUUCAUUAACAUAAGAGACUAUAAUAAACCACUACAAGCCCACCUCAUGCGUUCAGAACUCUUUGAGGUUUCACAGGCCAUCCGAUUCAAGGACCCCUUUCAUGUGACAGAGGAGCCCCUACCUGAGAAGGCUUUUCCUAAACCUAGACUGGAGUUCCACAAUCCUCUAGCUAAUGAGCAACCACUUAUGCAGCCACAAACUAGCCCAGAGGAAAACAACAGGCAAGCCAAACCUCUUGACCAAAUGCAACUUCUAUCUAGUAGCCAGAAAGAAGAGUCUGUAUUUUGGACAUCCAGUGAUAAGGACGAGAAAGAUUCACUUGGUAUGGAAAAGCAAACCGACUCCUUGCCUAUGCAGAGAGAAGAAAUUAAUACUAACUGUCAGUGCUCUGCUAAAAACAUUACAGCUAGUGCAAGUAGUGAACAGUAUAAAGGUCACCAAAUAUCAGAGAAUCCACAGCUUGAACCUGUAACCUCUGCUUGCACUGAAUCUAAAUACUCAUCACUGGCAUCGAAAACAAUUCAUACCUCAUUAGCACACACUGAAACUACCUCCGUCACACAAAGCACUGACCAAGCAACAGAAGCUAUGAGGACAACAGCUGUCCAAGACAAUCAGAGACUUAAAAAUAAAGACAAAGAACCAGACACAUAUGAAACAAAAGGUGUAGACCGUCAUAGUGCAGAGACCCCUAAUUGCGACUCAAAUUUUUCUUCCACAUCAGAGGAGUACUUUGAGUGCAGUGACUCUCUUGCUGUUGACUCUAGAUUUGAGGAUAUUGUUAAUGGUAUGCCGACUUGUUCUGGGCUUUCAGAGCAGGACUGGCACCUGGAUGACUCUAAUAACACUGUCACACACUCCCUGUCCUCCAUAACACUGCAGCUUGAGCAGCUGGCACUAAUGGCCAACUCAUGUGAGCGUGAGUCAAGCAACGACAGCCUGAAAGAAACUGAAAAGCCUCAGCCUCGUUCCGCAUUACAAGAACGCCGGGACAGACGUGUAACAGGGAUGACUAUUCACUCAGAGCCAGAGGACACAGAAGCAGCUUUAGUGAUCGAAGUUGACAGACUGUCUGAACCAGUUUUUAAAGAUGAUAAAGAGCAAAUACAAGAACCAGAUGCUAGCUCACAACUGGCAUCAGAGAGCAAACCAUUUGCUAACUCACUGGAAGCUAACAAUGAUUCAUGUGGGGAAAAGCCAGAUAGGCAGAGUGACGAACUACCACUACAUAAAAUAGAACAUACAUCAUAUUCAGUAGUAAAUGAUGCGCUUGGCUUCAAACCUGUGGAAGUGGAUAACGUUAGUAAAUCAGAAUUAGCAGAGAAUAAGCUGUCCAAAUCAGUGCAGCGGGGCAAAUCAGCAGCACCUGUUGUAUUCGUCCAGACAAAGACUGAGUCUCAGUCCAUAGUAUUCUCUGACAGGGUUACAGAGGUGCCACUGCUGACGUUAAAGCCUGAACUGCAUUCAGGACUCAAUUACACAUCCAACCUCACUUCUGCUAUUGAAGUAAAUGAUGUCAAGCAUCAGAAGACUGUAGCUACCGUCAGUGCAGCUCUUCAGAGUGAAUCACAUGCUAAAAGAGUACAUGAAGAGAAUUGCAAUCUGCCUGCUUGGCCUGCUGAUACCAAAGAGCUGAUGAUCGCAGAGAAUUUUGACCUUGAGCAGGCAGUCGAGGUAAAGGGUGACCACAACUCUGUGCCAGAGCUGAAGGAGAAUGCAGUAGAGCCAGCUGUGGACAUCAAGGGCAAAACUGAGCAAUCAGGACAGAAGACCAUGACUGGUCUAAAACUUGCAAAACACAGUGCAGAUGCUCAUUCCUUAAUAUUGUCGGGAAAAGAUGAACGAGUACGGCAACAUACCUGUACAUAUCGUGAACAUAGGAACCGGCCUGAGGCAAAACCCAAGUUAGAAGGAGAUGUGAGAAAGCUACGUCGGCCCUCACCUAAACCUAUCCGAACACCCCAAGAAGCCAGAGGUGGUUCAACUAAAGCAUCUGUCACCAAACUGCACAGCAGUAAUCAUCCUACUAGGCCUGUGGUGGCAACACUUGGAACUCAAAGUUAUCCACAUGGAAAGCAGUUGGGGCAAAACAGGGCUGGUGAUGCACUACCAACACUUCCUGACAAGCUUUCAACCCGACGCACAGCUACCACUAGGUCAAGCCAAAGUCAGCUUGGACGUUCUCGGACAGAGCCUUCACCGGGCCGUCUCAGCUCUUCCCAGAAACAGCCUCAAGCUCAGCUGGACAGAACCAGAGCCAUUCAAUCUGGCCAGUCCAACACCCGGCAGCGUUCAACAUCCACAACAGAAGAUAGCCUGUCCUCUUCUGGCACAUCACACCUAAGGAGAUCAAGAAGCUUUAAAGAGAGAAUUACCCGACCCCCCCUUAAGCAAUCAGAAAAUGACCCUGAGUAUUAAAGGGAAAGAACAAGAACCAUAAUUUUAGUCUUGCUGGUACUUUAAUGUGUUUUUAUGGUAGUAUUUGGUAUUUUCUUUAAAUUUUGGAUUCAAGUCACUGCCCAACGUUACUGUCUGCAGUGAAAAAUCUUGCAAAAUGUGAACGUGUGCUACCUAUUGAGCCCGAAGCUGUAGCUGUUGGCAUCUCCAUUCUGCCUGGUUAAGACUUUGACAGAGACCCAAAAGCAGGCAGUCUGCUUGUGAUAUGAAUGGGCUUUUGCUUGCCUCAGUGAACCCAGGCUCUGUCCCUCCUGCUGUGAUGUUGCUGCCACAUCAGGUUUGUGCAGCACCUUCAGCCAUUUAACUUUACAUCCUUUCUGCAAAUUACAGAGAGACUUAUAUUUGCAUCUCUCAGCGAAAGCAGUAUAAUUGGCACUGUGAUUAGCCAUUUAUAUGGAAAUGGUCUGUUUUACUCUGCGGUGCCUUGGAAAUAAACAACCAGGAGUGUGAUUAAAUCUUUAUGUCUGCAAAUCCUGUCACUAAAUUACAAUGUCUGCUUUCCUGCUGGACAGAUAUAGGGAGAAAAGGCAGACCAGAUGUUGCAUGUGAACAAAGAAAUGCUGUUUCUGGACCAGCUUCAUGUCUUAGAACUUAUUUAUUGUACAGCAGGGUGGAAGAGCCUAGAGCAGAAGUUCUUAAACCGGUUCUCAUGAUGAUUCCCAGGUCCCAAGACACUUGAACCAAGCCAUUAAAACACUGAAUACCUGCUAUAGGUGUGUUGGGAGCUGGAACAGAGCAACAAUGUGGAUCAUCUAGGGGGCCCUGAGGACUGCUUUAUAGAGAAUGCCAUGUACUAAAAGACAGAUACCUUAAAAUGUCAUUCUGACUGAGCAAUUGAAGGAGAGUACUCUGAUGACUUUGCAAAUUACCUAAUGAAUGCAUGGCAUUAGGCUGGGUGUGCUGUUCCUGAGGCUGUGGGUGGAGGCAUUCUAAGCGCUAUUUCAUACUUUAAAAAAAGCAACAAAAUACAAACGCUUUGUGCUGACUAUCCCUGGCUCACAAUGACUAGAGAGCAGUUGGAAGUGGAAAAUUGCAAAGGGCAAGUUUUCAGAUCAAUUUUUGAGGAGCGAUUAUCAAUUCAAAUUUUCUCCCAGUACGAUCUGGAUGAGCUUUGUGCUUAUACAGCAAGCAAAUGUGUCAUAUCAGCAGCAGCAGGCAAAUUCUAGCUAUAAGGGCUACUGCAACAUUUCAAAGAGUGAGAGAAAGCAGAACAGACAGAAAGAAACUCAUAUGGGCACAUGAAGGGUUACGAAGUGCACUGCUAAUUGUAUUAUAGGCAAAAUGCAUUCCACUGUGUUUACAGACAUAAAACGUGAUAAAGAUACAAGUACAUAAAAUAAAGGGGAAUUUCACCAAUUCUGUAAAAUCUCUACAUAAAUAAAUUGUUAUGUGAACACAGUAAUAGAAAGUGUUUUGAUGUGAAAUGUGCCAUUCUGGAGAAACUUGUGGAGUCAGAAUUGUUCAUAAUGGUGGUG